AUGCUUCCUCUUAAUGUCUUGAUGGCGACUUUGGCCCUGGUGGCCACUGUCAGUGCCAGGACAAUUACUGGUAACACUGAAUACCUGCAAAGCUGGGACUUUUCCUUAGGCCCUCUUACUAUUGAGGAAGGCGUGUACCUCAAAAUCAAUAACAACACCCUUACUACCAUUGGUGGUAACCUUGACAACAAAGGUGGUUUCUAUAUCACCUCCAGCAGCACCUUCCAGUCUGCUGUUGAUAUCACUUCAGGAUCUAUCCUGAACACUGGUGAUCUUGCUUUCAGAGCCUUGAAUGCUAACUUUGCUUCCAGGUACAUCCUUAACAGUGUGGCCAGCUUUGAAAACACUGGUAACAUGUGGUUCCAGAUUUCGCAAGCAGCUUCAACUUCUCCAUUUGCUGUGACUUCUCUUGCUAGCUGGAAGAAUUCAGGUUUGAUUUACUUCAGCCAAGAGAAUGGCUCUCCAUCCUCUGUGAGAAUGAACCAAGCGGCUGGUGACGGUGUUAAUGUCAUCGAGAACACUGGUAAUGUUUGUCUUGAAGGUACCAGAUGGACUCAGUCUUCUAGUGUGCAAGGUGAUGGAUGUAUCAGUGCUCUUACUCGUGGUGAAAUCCAGUUGCAGGCAGCCGUCCUCAACUCGAUUUUGACUUUCGACGAAGACCAAGCUAUUUGGAUGGAAGACACUACAUCCAAGUUGUCUGUGACCGGAUUGUCCGCUUCCCUCACUCAUGUUCCUGUCAUUGAUGUGUAUGGAUUCGGAAAUGCCAACAAGAUUGAGGUCAACUUGGCCUUCAGCGGCCAUGAUUAUGACGAAGAGCUGGGUAUUUUGACUUUGAGCUUGGGACCUGGUUUCAGUGUUUCUUUCAACAUUGGUCAAGGUUACACUACUUUUAACACGAAUUCUAACCUCGGACUUUCCACUGAGAUCUGGGCUAACUACCCUCCACCAAACGGUAAGCCAGACAGAUGUGUUUGCAGAGAAAUGCCAGAAUUCCCGGCGAGGGUCCUUCCAGCUCUGAGCCACCCUCGUCUUCGGAGCCCACUGACGAAUCCCACUGAUGAACUGUCGACUGCUCCUGAGCCUACCGACGAACUGUCAAGUGAGCCUCAACCAACUGACGAAGACUCUACCAGUGCCGGCCCCACUGACGAUCUGACUUCUCAGCCAGGUCCUACUGAUGAUUCUACUGCUUCUGAACCUACCGAUGACACUACUACUGCUGGCCCAACUGAUGACACUACUACUGCUGGCCCAACUGAUGACACUACUACUGCUGGUCCAACUGAUGACACCACUACUGCUGGUCCUACUGAUUCCGAUAAAACAAGACCAACCGAUGGACCAUCCCUGAGUACCGCCCCUGGUGGCGGUGACAACGGUGGUGGUGAUAACGGCGGUGGUGACAACGGUGGUGGUGACAACGGUGGUGGUGACAACGGUGGUGGUGAUAACGGUAAUGGCGAUAACGGUAAUGGCGGUGGUGGUGAUAAUGGCAAUGGCGGUGACAAUGGAAAUGGAUCUGGACCAGGAGGAGACGGCGACAACGGUAAUGGAUCUGGACCAGGAGGAGACGGCGACAACGGUGAUGGAUCCGGACCAGGAGGAGAUGGUGACAACGGUAAUGGAUCUGGACCAGGAGGAGACGGCGACAACGGUGAUGGAUCCGGACCAGGUGGAGAUGGUGACAACGGUAAUGGAUCUGGACCAGGAGGAAACGGUGACGAUGGAUCCGGUGACAACGGUUCAGGUCCAGAUGACAACGGUUCAGGUCCAGGUGGAGACGGAUCUGGAAAUGGUUCUGGAGACGGUUCAGGCCCAGGCGGUGACGGUGCUGGAUCUGGUAACGGUGGCGGAGCUGAUGAUGGAUCUGGAGCUGAUGAUGGAUCUGGAGCUGAUGAUGGAUCUGGAGCUGAUGAUGGUGCCGGUGCUGGAGAUGGUGCUGGAGAUGGUGCUGGAGAUGGUGCUGGUGCUGGAGAUGGUGCUGGAGAUGGCUCUGGAGAUGGCUCUGGAGAUGGCGCUGGCGAUGGUGCUGGCUCUGGCUCUGGCUCUGGCUCUGGCUCUGGCUCUGGCUCUGGCUCUGGCUCUGGCUCUGGCUCUGGCUCUGGAGCUGAUGAUGGUGCCGGUUCUGAUGAUGAUUCUGGAUCUGGUCACAUCUCCACUUACGAGGGCCUGGGAGCUAAGGCAUCUGCUGGUAUCCCAACAAUUCUCGCUGUUGUUGCUGGUUUGCUUGCCUUGUAA